AUGCCACAUUCAAUUGCGCACCCGACGUCGUCUCAAGGCGCCGUCAAGCACGAAACCAUGGAAGACUCUGGUCUUCCUGCCACCAUUGGCCGCGAGACCGCCGGCGACGACGACGAUGUUGACAUGGACCGUGAUGCGCAUCAAGUCGCCCCCGUCAACGAGCACACCAGGUUUACUGACAUCUUUGAUGCCGAAGCUUCGGAAGACGAAGAGUUUCCUGGCCCUGCGCCAAGUAAGAAACAACACUGCAGCCCGCCGCCAAGGGUACCGUCACCGACUAUUGCCUGCAGCCAUGUUGGCGCGUUGAAAGCAUCCGACCCUGAAGUGAUGAGAAGUUUCUACCAACGACUCUUUCCCUGGCGCCAGCUCUUCCAGUGGCUAAACCACAGCCCAACUCCGACCAACGAUUUUGGAAACCGAGAGUUCGCAUUCACUCUGCAAAAUGACGCAUACCUGCGAUAUCAGUCGUUUGCAACAGCAGACCUCCUCCGCAAAGACGUCCUCCGUCUCAUGCCCUCUCGUUUCGAAAUCGGGCCCGUGUACUCGACAAACCCCCGGGACCGCAAGACGCUCCGCAACUCGUCUGCUUUCAAACCCCUGGCCAAGGAACUCUGCUUCGAUAUCGACUUGACCGACUAUGACGAUAUCCGAACCUGCUGCGACAAGGCCAACAUUUGCAACAAGUGCUGGACGUUCAUGACUAUGGCCAUCAAGGUCGUCGACGUCGCCCUGCGUGACGACUUUGGCUUCAAGCACAUCAUGUGGGUGUACUCGGGUCGACGUGGCGCCCACGCUUGGGUGUGCGACAAGAAAGUCCGAAGUCUGGAUGACCACAAGAGGAGGGCCAUUGCCGGCUACCUCGAAGUCAUCAAGGGAGGGGCGCAAAGUGGGAAGAAGGUCAACGUUCGGAGGCCGUUGCACCCCCACCUGGCCCGGAGCCUCGAGAUCCUGAAAUCCCACUUCCAGGAAGACGUUCUGGAACUGCAAGACCCCUGGGGCACCGAGGAGCGAUACGAGAGACUCCUGCAACUGCUUCCCGACCGAAACCUGAACGAGUCCCUCCGUCGCAGAUGGGAUGCCGCCCCUGGAAGAGCCUCGGCGUCGAAAUGGGCCGACAUUGACGCCGUGGCCAAGUCUGGCGCCAGCAAGAACCUGGAUGCGCGGGCGCUCCUCGAAGCAAAGCAAGACAUUGUCCUCGAAUACACCUACCCCCGACUCGACAUCGAGGUCAGCAAGAAACUGAACCAUUUGCUCAAGAGCCCAUUCGUGGUGCACCCUGGCACGGGUCGCGUGUGUGUGCCAAUCGACACCAGGGAACUUGAGCAAUUUGACCCCUUGGCAGUUCCUACCGUCCAGGAACUUUUGGGCGAGAUUGAUUCAUGGAAAGGAGAGGGGCGCGGCGCGAGUCAAGACGACAACGGCAAAGGUAUCUCGGACUGGGAAAAGACGAGCCUAAAACCCUACGUGGAAUAUUUCCGGUCAUUCGUCAACGGGGUCAUGAAGGAUGAGAGGGACGUGCGGGUGAAGAGGGAGAGGGAGGAUGCCAUCGAUUUCUAG